GCCGUUCACAUAUAUUAGACGGAAAAUAGGGAGUUAAAUAGCCCGCUAACUCGAAGGCCAAUUCCAUUUCCUAGUUCCAACCCACAAGCCACGACUCGAGACUUCCCGUUGCAGUGAAAUGAUGCCUCUAGUUGUUUCAUUGUUCCCUUGGUUUCACCAGUACGCCCUUUUGAUCAUCCCCUUCCUCCUCCCCUUGUUGGUGUUCUGUUUUUUCUUCUACGGCCAAAAGAAGGCUCUGCAAUCAAAGAGAAGAAAGCUUACAUCGCUUCCCUCCCCGCCAAGGCUUCCCGCCUUGGGCAACCUCCAUCAGCUCGGCUCCCUCGCGCAUCGCUCCUUGCAAUCGCUCUCCGAGAAGUAUGGCCCUCUGAUGCUCUUCCACUUCGGCCGCAUCCCCACCGUCAUCGUCUCCUCACCUCAAGCAGCUCAGGAAGUCAUGAAGGCCCAAGACCUUGUCUUUGCGAGUAGGCCAAAGUCGAGCAUGGCUGACAGGCUUUUAUACCAUUCUCAUGACGUUGCCUUCUCACCCUACGGCGACUACUGGCGGCAGGUGAGGCGAAUCUGCGUCGUCCACCUACUCAGCCUCAGGAGGGUGCAAUCAUUUCAGUUGGUUAGAGAAGAAGAGGUAGCGGUAAUGAUUGAUAGCAUUCGUCGCGCCGCCUCUAGCACGCAACCUGUGAAUCUUAGCAAGUUGAUAUCUAGCCUCACCUACGACGUAAUCUGCAGAGUGGCAUUUGGGAGGAAGUACUCCGAGAAGGAGGGUGGUGAGAACGGCGUCCGGGAAAUGCUUAGAGAGUUCACGGCGCUGCUGGGAACGUUCCCUACGAGGGACUUCAUUCCAUGGCUGGGUUGGGUUGAUUGGUUGAGAGGCUUGGAUGCAAGGGUAAGGAACACCUCCAAACAGAUAGACUGUUUGAUCGAGAAAGUAAUAGAGGACCAUCUCCAUGUUAAGAAUGAUGGAAGGGAUGUUUAUAAGGACAGCGGCGACUUCGUCGAUGUUCUGCUCUCCCUCGACAAUGACAAGGAUGACAGCAUCGGCAGUUCUCUCGGCAAGGACAGCAUCAAGGCUCUUAUUAUGGAUAUGUUUGCUGCUGGUACUGACACGACAUACACGGUGAUAGAAUGGGUGAUGGCAGAGCUUGUCAGACACCCGAAAGACAUGAAAAGAGUGCAAGAGGAAGUAGGAAAGGUGGUUGGAUUAAAAGAGAAGAUAGAAGAGGAAUUACUAGAUGAGAUGAACUACCUGAAGGCAGUGAUUAAAGAGUCUCUGAGGUUGCACCCGCCAAUUUCUUUACUAGUUCCCCGGGAAUCCAUCGAAGAUACCCAGCUGCAAGGCUAUGACAUCCCAGGAGGGACUAGAGUCAUGAUCAAUGCUUGGGCAAUUGCGAGGGAUCCCAGAUCAUGGGAGAGGGCCGAGGAAUUUUGGCCUGAUAGGUUUUUGAACAGUUCUGUGGAUUUCAAAGGGCAGGACUUCCAAUUUAUACCAUUUGGUGCUGGCCGGAGAGGCUGCCCUGGCAUUGGUUUUGCGAUCUCCACCAUCGAGCUUGCUCUUGCCAAUUUACUGCAUCAUUUUGAUUGGGAGUUGCCCAAUGGGAUGAUAGAGGAGUCACUGGAUAUGACUGAAUCAGCUGGACUUACUGCACACAAGAAAUUGAAUCUGAUUCUUGUGGCAAAACCUCGAAUCCUUUAAGUCAGUUAAACUGUAUUUCUCUAUGCUGUAUUUUCAUUUGGCAUUUUAUUGAUUACAUUUCGAUCAUGGGUUCCAUGUUUAACAUUGUAUAGCAAAGAACGACUAAACGUUGCAUGAAGCAUGGCUAUGGUAUAUAAUGGACUUGUUAUCUAUUAUUAGAGAGAAAAUGCUGAACUUAUUAUCUGUAAAUAUUUUUU